UUUACAGUGAAAACCAGCCUAGAAUGCUUGAUUGAGGGAAUGCAGUAGAGAGCUUGGUGCCUACAAUCUACCUCCAAGUUUGCUUUACAGCUGACACCAUGACAGCAGAAGAAAUGUUAAACAUUAAAGAGGAGGACAUUAUCAAGCUGAUUCUGGACUUUCUCAACUUAAGAAGGCUUCAUAACAGUAUGCUUGCCCUGGAGAAAGAGACUGGCGUCAUCAAUGGCUUGUAUUCUGAUGAUGUACUUUUCUUGAGACAGCUAUUUCUUGAUGGCGAAUGGGAUGAGGUUCUCCGGUUUAUCCAGCCCCUGGAGUGUAUUGAUAAGUUUGACUCAAACCGGUUCAAAUACAUAAUCCUGAAACAAAGGUUUCUUGAAGCUCUCUGUGUUAACGUCAUAUCUGCAGAUGAUGAACGACAACACCUUGAGUAUAAAAUGCAAGGAGCUGUCAAGUGCCUUCAUGCCCUGGAGAAGCACUGCCCUUCUAAAGAGGACUAUAGGAGACUCUGCUUGCUACUGACUUUGCCUCAUCUGACCAGCCAUGCUGAGUACAAGAACUGGAAUCCCAGCACAGCAAGAGUGCUCUGCUUCGAAGAGGCCUAUGCUAUGGUCUCAAAGUUCAUACCAGCUGAUGGAAAGCUGAGCAGAGCUGGUUUCAAGGCAAGCAACAACCGUCUGUUCGAGCUGAUUAUUAAAGGGAUGCUUUAUGAAUGUUGUGUUGAGUUUUGUCAGAGCAAAGCAUCAGGAGAAGACAUUACAAAGUGUGACAUAUUGAUGGAUACUGACAUACUUUGUGGGAAUGGCACAGAUGAUAUGGAUUUAAGUUUGAUGUCCUGGCUGCAGAGCUUGCCAACUGCUGUGUUUUGCUAUGCAUUUGAGCAAAAGGUGCUUGACAUUCAUGUGGACAAGCUGGUGAAGCCCACAAAUGCUGCAAAUGCAGAACAGUCGUCUUCCUUUGUGAAGAGAUAUUCUCCCUACCCAUCACCACGGUUGAGACGACCCCUGUCUGCUGAUGCUUAUGUGUCCCGCUCUCUGAAUCCUAAUCUGGAUGGCCUUUCUUUUGGGUUAUCUCUUCAUGACAAAGGCACCAUGGACCAACAUGGAAAGUUAUUUGAAAAGACACAGUCCUUUGCAAACCUGAAGUACCCUGUAUCUCAAAGUCUGACUAGAGGUUUCUUGAUGGAGAAUAUAGACUCUCAGAAUGUUGGUGAAGACUCCUUACAGAGGAACUGCAGUUCCGACCGGCGACUACUACGUACCAACAGUCAUGAAUCCUUGAGUCUCAGUUCAUCUUCUGGCUCAAAGUCAUCUAGCAUUGGCUCUCCUCCUGGAUCAAGCCGAGGACUAAGAAAUGCAGGGAACAAUCAGAGUGAAAAACCAAAGAGUCAGUUUAUCACCAUAAAUGUUCUUGAAGACACUCAAGUUGUUCGUGCUGUUGCCUUUCACCCUAGUGGUACUCUGUAUGCUGUUGGAUCCAAUUCUAAAUCUCUGUGUGUCUGUGCUUAUCCUGAAGUUUCAAAUCCAAGCAAAUACAGCUCACCAAAGAAGCCUGUGGUGCGCUUCAAAUUAAACAAACAUCACAAAGGUUCGAUAUAUUGUGUUGCUUGGAGUCAUUGUGGAAAGCUGCUAGCCACAGGUUCAAAUGACAAAUAUGUGAAAGUGUUGCCUUUCAACUCACAACUAUGCUGUGCAACAGGCCCAAACCUUGAAUUCAGCAUGCACACUGGCACUAUUCGGGACCUGGCCUUCAUGCAGGGACCAGACAGUGGCAAGCCCAUUUUAAUAAGUGCUGGUGCAGGAGACUGUAACAUCUACACCACAGACUGUCAGAGAGGCAAGGGCCUACAUGCCCUCAGUGGACACACAGGACAUAUUUUAUCUCUCUACUCAUGGGAUGGGUGGAUGAUUGUGUCUGGCUCACAAGACAAGACAGUCCGAUUCUGGGAUCUGAGAGUGCCAAGCUGUGUCCGAGUGUUAGGGACGGCUUUCAAUGGAUCAGGCAGUGCAAUUGCCGCUGUUGCCGUUGAUCCAGCUGGCCGCCUUUUGGCUACUGGUCAGGAAGAUAGUAGCUGCAUGCUGUAUGACAUCAGAGGAGGGAGAAUGAUGCAGACCUACUGUCCUCAUAAGAGCGACGUUCGCUCGGUUCGCUUCUCACCUUGUGCCCACUAUUUGUUAACAGGCUCCUAUGAUACAAAAGUAAUGAUCACAGACCUGCAAGGGGACCUCACCAAACGACUUCCUAUCACACUUGUGGGAGAACACAAGAAUAAAGUGAUACAAUGCAGAUGGCACCCUCAGGAUCUGUCCUUCUUGUCUUCAUCAGCCGACCGGACUGUGAUGCUAUGGAUGCACCGGGCAGGAUGUUUUAAAUGA